AAUCAGAGAACCACAACUGCUAUCAGUAACAUUGGGACAGAUUAACGCUGCUUCUGUGCAGAGACCAAAGGAGGUGUGUUCAUUACCGCAGGAGUGUUUGCAUGCAUGCUGUUCCCAUUCCAGCUGCACACAAACAGGUCCAGUCUAGAUGUACAUUCAGGCAGGGCCCUGGGGCGGCGGUGGCUACAGGAAAAAAAUAACCUCUCUCUGUAACCAUUACUGCUAAUACAACACAUGACACAAGUACUCUGUGUGUGUGUGUGCGCGCGCGCUUGUAUUAAUUAUGGUGUGGGGACAAAAAUAUGGUCACAUGGUGGCCACUCAACUCCAAAAAGCUGGUCCUUGCAUGGUUAACCAUUACAUUUUCUGAGGAUGGGGUUAGGGCUCAUCUCCAGUUUGACAUCACAUCAAUGGCCAUCAUGAACGGAACACAGAACCGGCUUCUAACUAGCCCCAACAGCUACAACAUCAGCUCUUGGCAGGCGGAGGCAGUCAGGGGAAUCCAAAUCACAGUUACUCUGCUCAUCUUCCUGGUGGGCGUUCCUCUGAACGGGCUGGUAGUUUGGGCACUUGGACUGCGGAGUCAUCGCCACCUGGUGCGCAGAGGCAGCAGUGAGGAGACUCGUGCUGCCAGCAGUUUCCGUAUUUACGUCCUGAACCUGGCCGUGGCAGACCUGGUGCUGCUCCUGCGUACUCCCCUCAUGUUGGGCUUUCUGGCUCACAACUACAGCUGGCCGUUUGGCAUUGUCUUCUGCCACCUGACAAUGUUCCUGCGAGGCCUGGGGUUAUACGCCUCCGCUUUCCUGCUAUGUGCUGUGGCCCUGGAGCGAUGCCUGUGUCUGCUGAGGCCCAUGUGGGCUCGACUGCGACGUCCCUCGUGGGCUGUUCCUCUGGCCUGUGGCAUCUUAUGGCUGUUAGCCACCAUCUUGUCUGCCCCCUACCUCCACAGUGCCGUCCUGAAGGAGGUAAACGGUACAUACCAUUGCUGUGAGAGUGGGGAGUUUGACAUGGCACUGUUUGUCACAGAAACGAUAGCAGGUUUCAUCUUACCCAUGCUGGUGUUCUUGGGAAGUAACCUUGCUGUUUUGCUCACCGUUCAGCAAGCAAUGCCGCCAACACCCACCACCUCCUCGUCCCCUUCAACUGCCCGCAGGUUGACCAGGAUGUACCACGUGCUCUUUUUCACCAUGCUCCUCUUCCUCACCUGCUGGGUGCCCUAUUUUGUUUGUCGAUUCCUGCGGGCCUUGACCGAGGGAAGUUCUGAACUGUAUGAAAGAGCAGUUAGAGGCACAUACAUAUCUCUGUUCCUGGUGUACAUCAAAAGUGCUCUUAACCCUGUACUGUAUGUGUUCGCUGCCCGAGGCUUAGGCCGUGCCAUCAGAGCUUCUGUUGUCUCCACUAUUGAACGACUUUUCAAUGAUGACUCCACAGAGUCCAUACGAAGGAAGUCACUUAAGAACUCACUUAAGAACUCACAGAUGUAGCGGAGAGGUCAACAAUGUUUUUACAUUAAGUAGUUUUUCUAUAUUCAAAAUAUUAAGACCUUUGAUCUUUAAAAAUGUUAAGUGUGUUAAAUAUUACUUUUAACUGGUUGAUUUCUCCAUUUGCGCAAAUUGCUCAUACCCCCCAAAAAGUGCGCUGUGUAAAUAAAAACAGGCAAGACAGGUUUAAGGGGUUGAGUUACUGUAAAGCAAAGCAUGUGCUUUAGGCCAGUGUUUUCUAAAUGGGUCUGAAAGCCACCGCAAAUGGAGAAAUAGGUGAAUAUCAUUAAUAUUAUAUUUCCUAUAUGUAGUGAUGUAAUCCUGAUGACUGAUUUGAGUGAUCUGAGUUUAUGACAGGACACUCCCUCCAUUGAGGGAUCCUUGGCAUGAAAACAAUUGAUUUAAAGGCUUGGAUUGAUGGUGCCAGAAAACAUGAGACAGUUCAACUCCCAUGGAAAUCACAGCACAGCAGUAAAGUGCAGAAGGAGGAACACACAAACACUGAACCAGGCUGGGUUUCUCUACUGUCAACUAAAAUAUAUAUAUAUGGACACAAGUUUCAUCAGUAAAACUAGAUGAGUGAAGACUUCAAAAAUGCUGCUUCUGUUGUGGCAUGCUGAAGGCAGGGUCAUAAUUAGAGAUAAAAAUGAAUUCAUGAAUCAUCUUGUUCAUGUGUUAGUCAUUAGGAAACACCUUUAUGGUAAAUAACAAGCCAAAGUCAACACAGCAUCAUUUCAAUGCCAGUUUUCUGGCCCCAGGGUACCAUCUGUCAUACGGUUUCCUCCAAGAUAAGGCACCAUCAAGCUUGCAUACUGUCUUAGUAUGGUACAAGGAAUGUAAUACUGAAUUUACCUUAUCAGUAUCAACGGUGACUCAGAUAAAUCACUCUGUUUAACUCAUGCUCAAGGUGUCCAGAAACAGGUCCUAGUCUACAUAUCUGGUUCUAAUUGUACCUCAGAAACCAAUGAAUGUACGUAUGUCUAUAGGCUGUUAGAGGACUGAAGCACAACAUGCUGAGCAGGAAGUAAAUAUGUUGCAGGAUCAUUCUCAUUGUGAAUGCGCCAUACUAUCCGAAGAUAGCUUUACUAUUGUUUGUUUAUAAAAGCACACCUAUUCUGUCAUUGUUGACAAAAGGGAUACAACUGUAAUUAAUGGUAGCACUUAAAAUUGAUUUUCUUUCCACAUUAAAACAUGAAUACACAAAAGUCAAUUUCUUUAAAUGUUAUCUAUUUAAUUACAUCUGUUCAUACAGUCCCAGUUGAUUGUCUACAACAUGCACUCAUGUCUUCAAGGUCCAACAGGAAGAAUUUCAAUUAUGAACAACGAGUUAGUCUUUAUUAUCUAUCUGUUAUCUAUUAUCUAUUUGCAAGUACAGUAUUUCUUUAAUGACAUUUAUGUGUUCUGGUGUUUAGGCAACAAUGACAGAGAAGUUGGAUAUCUGAACUUUCUCUCAAUCAAAAAAAGUGUAAUAGUGGAAGAGGGGCACCCCAGUAGUCAAAUGGCGAAGGCGCAUACCACAUGACCACAAUGUCCGUGAUUUGAUUCUGGGUGCAGACCUUUGUUGCAUGUUAUACCCCUGCAUCUCUCCCCUUGUUUCCUGUCAGCCUCUAUGCUAUCAGCUUUCAAAUAAAGGCAAAAAAACAACAACAAAAAGAAAGAAAACUAGUGAAGGGGAAGGAGCAGCAUGGUGCAGAGUGUGAAUUUCAGUUUACUGUGUUUAAAGUAGAAAUGAAUGGCAGUUUUUCUCUUAUUUUAUCUGCCAAUAUGAUGUUCCUUUUAUUUUACCAAAUUGCGUUUCUCAAACUUAAAGAAACUUCAUGGUUUAAGCUUUGCAGUAAAUAUUGAUUAAAUUGC